GCAACAACUAUAUUUGUUUAUAGGUCAUCGGUCGGUCAAAACAUUGUAAUCGUAAUUGUAUGCACCAUACUUAAAAGUGCACUGUACUUGCAAUAUUGCAUUAUCUAAAAAAGAAACAUAAAUUAACAUUAGUUAGAAAAUUUGUAUCGAGUGGAAGUAUUAUAAAUUUAAUAAGAACACAACUUAAUAGUGAUAUGUUGCAAUUAAUAAACCUUCCUGACGUUGUUCUGGAAACAAUUUUAUCUAACCUUACAUACGAUGAAAUUUCUCGAUACAGAAUUGUUUGUAAGCAGUUUGACAGAAUAUGCAAAAAAUUAUUAAAUCGAGGUUUUAACUUGAUGGAGAAAUACCAUGCACAAUGUUUGCGUGCAGUAAAAAGUCAAUUACCACGAAGAGAAUCAGAACGAAGAAGUCAUCCCUUGGCACGUCAUUGUGAUAUACUAACAGCAAUUGAAACUAGAAUAUCUAUGUUAUCAAUGACUUUUAUAAAAUAUGUGGACCUUAAUUUAUGUUGUUUCAUUCCUGGAAAGGUAAUUGAUGAAAUCUUUCGAGUUCUUCGCUUGAUUCGUGAUUCUAAAACCCCACCCAGAGCUCAUGAAAUACUUCAAGAGCUAAGAGAUAUUAGUAGUAUGGCUAUGGAACAUUUUGAUGAGAAAAUUUUACCAGACUUAAAGCACAGUAUUUGUACAACUGUUGUUAGUAAUGUAGGGUAUGAAAUACCUGGUACAAAUUUAAUGAUUUCUCAUCAUACCACGAACCCAAAUAAUGCAUCACUGCCACACAACUUUAAUUCAGAAAAAUUAAAUCAGACAUUCAAAAAAAUUUAUAGCCGUACUAAGAAAAAUAAAUUGUCUGUUCUAUCUAUGAAAGGUCAAAUAAGUAAAAUGAAACUUCGAAUGAAACGGCAAGGGUUUCAAAUGCGAUUACAAAGUUUAAAGUUACAGGAACAGGCAAAAAAGAUACACGAUCAAGAUAUACAAUUGGCCGAAAUGAGAAAGCAUCUCGAAGAAUGGGAACAAAAAAUGGUUGAUUUAACGGCUGAAUUGAGUCGUGCGAGAGAAGAAACACAGAAACCUGAUUCUAUAGAAAGUUGUAAACGGAAACAUAUAGAUAUUAUUAAUCAAAGAGAAUCUGAUUCGUUGCAAACAAAAGAAUUACAAACGAAAAAGCGUAAAUUAAUAGUAGAAAGAAUAUCAUCUACUGAUGCAAAAGAUGUCAAAUUUAAAAAAUUUAUGACUGAUCUUCUUGCAGGUAAUGCUAUAGAAGGAUAUCCUUCAACUUCACAUUAACUUGUUUGUACAUAAUGUGGUUGUAUAUGAAAAACGAAAUUAACAAAAUUUUGCAUUUUUUAUGUUAACUAAAUAAAUUUAAACUUCCUUUAUAUUUAAAUUUAAACCAUGUAAUUGUUUUCAUAAUAUAAAGUUAAACCUAUUUUAAAAUUUAAUAGGAAAGUGUUUAUUUUUAUUUAUUGUAUAAAUCUGUAAUGCAGUUAAUGAAUGUAUUAAAAAGUAUAACUAUACAAUAAUGUAACUUAUAUGUAUUAUUUUAAGUACUGAAAUAUAGAAAUUAACUGAAACUUGAUAAGAUCUCAAAGAAAAAUUUAUAUAUAUUGCUUUACAGAACAAAUUUCAUUUGGUACUAGAUUAAAUACCAUGUAAUAUUGCUUGUAAAAUUAGUGACAAUAAAUUUAAUAAAAGAUAUACCAGGCGCAUACAUUUAUAUAUA